AUGUCCAUCGGGGAGUGUGCGGGGGCUCGGCUGACCGCACUGCCCCCCUCCACAGUGGACCACGUGUUCCCCGACCCGGGCGUGAGCCUGCUGGCGGCCUACGAGCAGUGGCGGGAGCGUGCAGACAGCGGGGCGUGCUGUGACUACUCCCUGCAUGUGGACGUGCCCCGCUGGCACGAGAGCAUCAGGGAGGAGCUGGAGGCCCUGGUCAGGGACAAAGGCGUGAACUCCUUCCUGGUGUUCAUGGCGUACAAGGACCGGUACCAGUGCACCGACGGCCAGAUGUACGAGGUCUUUAGCAUCAUCCGGGACCUGGGCGCCCUGGCGCAGGUGCACGCAGAGAACGGGGACAUCGUGGAAGAGGAGCAGAAGAGGCUGCUGGAGCUUGGCGUCACGGGCCCCGAGGGCCAUGUGCUCAGCCGCCCCGAGGAGGUGGAGGCCGAGGCCGUGUACCGCGCCGUCACUAUCGCCAAGCAGGCCAACUGUCCCCUGUAUGUCACCAAGGUGAUGAGCAAGGGUGCGGCCGACGUGGUCGCCCAAGCGAAGCGCAGGGGGGUGGUCGUGUUUGGGGAGCCCAUCACCGCCAGCCUGGGCACUGACGGCUCACACUACUGGAGCAAGAACUGGGCGAAGGCCGCGGCCUUCGUCACAUCGCCCCCCAUCAACCCGGACCCCACCACCGCGGACCACCUCACCUCCCUGCUGUCCAGCGGGGACCUUCAGGUGACCGGCAGUGGCCACUGCACCUUCACCACCGCCCAAAAGGCCGUUGGCAAGGACAACUUCACGCUCAUCCCUGAGGGCACCAAUGGCAUCGAGGAGCGGAUGUCUGUGGUCUGGGAGAAGUGUGUGGCCUCGGGGAAGAUGGAUGAGAAUGAGUUUGUCGCUGUGACCAGUACAAAUGCAGCCAAAAUCUUCAACAUUUACCCGAGGAAGGGGCGUGUGGCUGUGGGCUCCGACGCUGACCUGGUUAUUUGGAACCCCAAGGCCACAAAAAUCAUCUCUGCCAAGAGCCACAACCUGAACGUGGAGUACAACAUUUUCGAAGGCCUCGAGUGCCGAGGGGCCCCCACGGCGGUCGUGAGUCAGGGCAGGGUCGUGAUGGAGGAUGGGAACAUGUUCGUCACCCCUGGGGCCGGCCGCUUCAUCCCUCGGAAGACGUUCCCCGACUUCGUCUACAAGAGGAUAAAGGCGCGCAACCGGGUAAGGCCUGAUCCGGGCGGGGCGGGGGGACUCCUGGGACCUGGUUCACCUCCAGGCGGUUCCACCUCCUGGUCAGCCUGGCCCGGCCGCCCUGAGUAG